AUGCCACAGACCUGGAUUGGGGGCUCCCCGACCAAAUUCCCCAAACUCCCCAGCCCCAGUUUCCAGGCGUUUCAGAUUCCCAGGACCUGGUCUGACUGGAUGCAAUGGCCCCCCUCCAAGCAGCAUUGGAAAGUCGUUGUUUCUGAAAGGGCGGGAGCGAAUGAAAUUAUGCGAAAACGGCUCCAUCUCGCCAUCGACUAUGCCGAAGGCGAGAACGAAGAGAAACUUGAGGCUCGACGGCAGAAGCGCGGCCAGCACGCUCUCGUAUUGAAGGAAGCCUGUCCUGUCAGCCCUGUCAAAUCACCCGGUGGAUCGGGAUUGGAGGAUGUGGAGAUGAGGUGGUCAGAGGGAGGGGUGAUGGGCACCAUCCAUGGAUCGCACGAACAAGCAACGGAAGCGACAUUGCAGGAAAUCUCGUCUCAACUCACCCAAUCGCGCCUCCGCCAUUAUGAAAAGAAGCUGAAAAGCCACCAAUCCGGAUUUCCUAUUCGUCCACCUUUCCUAAAUGCAUCCGCUUCACGGCCAGAACGUGAGAUGCAAGCGGCUACAAUUUUAUUAGGUUUUUGUUUUGAACAGCGCAAGCGAUCUGAUAUGAUUGAUAAAAUGUUGGCGGCUCACAGUGAGUUCGGGGGUCAUCGCUUGCUCUGUGUUAGGAAAAGAUCCCACGAGAAAUGGACUGGAAAAGCGAAAGAAUGCCCGAAAGCCAUCCAGCCCAGCACGAACAUGUAUUGGAUUGUAAAAGCCAUCAAGGCCAAAAAAGACAUAAAAAUCCAAGAAACCGGCCCAGCGAAUCGGCACCCGUACCGCGCGCUUCAGCCAAUCCAAAGGGCAUUAAAAUAUAGCUUCUUAUUCCUAGGGAUCCUAGCCCAACGCAACGAAGGUACAGUCGCCAGCGAGUCCGACCGGCUCGGCUAUCUGCUGUCAAGCCCACGACAUUGGUAUUUAGAAUUUGGAAAGCUGGGGCUGGGGCUAUGUGGGGACGGGGUCAUUCAUGCGGCGCUGACGGUGAAGCGGUUCUUGGGUUUCUUAGAGUUGGGUUUGGGGAAUGCGAAUGGAACGAACUGGAGUAAUGACUUGCGCGCAACGUGUUCAGCUGAGAUGUGCAACCUGGUUGUUGGGCCUGAAGGAUCUGCACUUUAG